CGAGCAGGCAACAGCAGCCCACUAUUCCAGUGUCUUAGUCAGAGCUCAGACACACACACACACACACACACACGCUCACAGAAACACACACGCUCACAGAAACACACGCUCACAGAAACACACGCUCACAGAAACACACACACACACACACACACACACACACACACACACACACACACACACACACACACACACACACACACACACACACACACACACACACACACACACACACACACACACACACACACACACACACACACAGGGGAGAUAACAGAGAGACAAAGCCAGCUAACGCCACAGCUGCCUCGGCUUCCGCUGAUGUUUUAGACCCGAUGGAGGGGAACCAUGAAGGGGAGCAUGUGCUGACGGACAAUGUCCCAAAACACAUCUCCAGGCUAUGUAAUGGUUAUUUAACCAAGGAGAGUGAUGGAGUGCUGCAUCAGAUGACCUGGCCUCUACUAUCCCCCGAUCUCAACCCAGUUGAGAUGUUUUGGGAUGAGUUGGCCCGCAGAGUGAAGGAAAAGCAGCCAACAAGUGCUUAGCAUAUGUGGGAACUCCUUCAAGGCCAUUGGAAAAGCAUUCCAGUGGAUUUAACAAGGGAUCAUAGCUUUCACAUGGAUUCACAUAGGUCUUGACGAGGAGGCCAUCGUUGACCUUGGGAAAACCAGCUCCACCACCCACACCAACUAUGAGACGGAAGAGUUGGAGAGUAAGACCCUACAGCCACAGGGCGGUCUACGUCGGGGUCCAUGUGCCUCUGGGCCGGGAGAGCAAACGCAGGCACCAUCGCAGAGGCCACAAACACCACCGCAAGAGGCGGGAGCGGGAGGAGGACCACGAAGAGGAGGACCGUGAGGACCCCACGUAUGACACGCCCUCCCAGCGGGUGCAGUUCAUCCUGGGUACGGAAGAUGAUGACGUGGAGCACGUCCCCCACGACCUGUUCACCGAGCUGGACGAGCUGUCCUUCAGGGACGGGAGCGCCACCGAGUGGAAGGAGACAGCCAGGUGGCUGAAGUUUGAGGAGGACGUGGAAGAUGGAGGGGAGCGUUGGAGCAAGCCCUACGUGGCCACCCUGUCUCUACACAGCCUGUUUGAGCUGAGGAGCUGCAUCCUCAACGGAACCGUCAUGCUGGACAUGAGGGCCACCUGUAUCGAGGAGAUUGCAGACAUGCUGAUUGACGGCAUGGUGGCGUCAGGCCAGCUGCAGGAGGAGCUGUGUCAGAAGGUGCGCGAGGCCAUGUUGAAGAGACACCACCAUCAGAACGAGAGGAAGCUCAGCAACCGCAUCCCGCUGGUGCGCUCAAUCGCAGACAUAGGCAAGAAACAUUCAGACCCGUUGUUGCUUGAGAGACACGGGGAGGGCCUCUCUGCCUCCCGCCACUCCCUGAAGCCGGGGGCCUCCGUCUCCAACCUGUCCCAGAGGCGAGAGUCCCGGGUCUCCGUCCUCCUGAACCUCCUCCUGCCUAACUCCUCCUCCUCCACCUCCGCUGGGGGGCUCUCCCCCGGACCCUCGCCCCUCACCACCCCUCAGAACACCCCCCCUACUCCCCGCCGCUCCCCAGACCCUCCCCGCGCCCCUGGCCCCGCCCCAGUCCCCCAGGCCAUCCCGGAGGUGGUGGUGUCACCGCCUGAGGACGACGAGUCGCCACCCAACGCCAUUACAAAGGAUGAGGAGGCGUAUACCAAUCGGCAACCGUCGCUGCAGACUAGAGGGCUCCAGCAGCUGCCCUUAGAAGGGCCAUUGAUGUCCACGCACUCUGUCCCCAGUAACCUGGACAACAGCAGCAAGACCGGAGACAGGAGGCCCUCCAGAGCUGGGGUCAGUAAAGAGAACAGCAGUGUGGACUUCAGCAAGGUGGACAUGAACUUCAUGAAGAAGAUUCCUCCGGGUGCCGAGGCGUCCAACGUGCUGGUAGGGGAGGUGGACUUCCUGGAGAGGCCCAUCAUCGCCUUCGUACGCCUGUCCCCCGCCGUCCUCAUCACGGGGCUCACGGAGGUGCCCGUGCCCACCAGGUUUUUGUUUCUGCUGUUGGGUCCACACGGGAAAGGCCCUCAGUACCAUGAGAUUGGCAGAUCCAUGGCCACACUGAUGACAGAUGAGAUAUUCCAUGAUGUGGCGUACAAGGCCAAAGAUCGGAUGGACCUUCUGUCUGGGAUAGAUGAAUUUCUGGACCAGGUGACAGUCCUGCCCCCAGGAGAAUGGGACCCCUCGAUACGAAUCGAACCCCCCAAGAACGUCCCAUCGCAGUUGAAGAGGAAGAUUCCCUCCCAGCCCAACGGGUCGCCCUCACCCUCUGGGGAGAUGUUGAAGGAGGAGGAUGAAGGCCACGGAGCUGGGCCCGAGUUGCAGAGAACCGGACGGAUCUUUGGAGGCCUGGUGAUGGAUAUAAAGCGGAAGGCCCCGUUCUACUGGAGCGACAUCCGGGACUCGUUGAACCUGCAGUGUCUGGCCUCCAUCCUGUUCCUCUACUGCGCCUGCAUGUCCCCUGUCAUCACCUUCGGGGGGCUGCUGGGAGAGGCCACUAAGGGCAACAUAAGUGCCAUAGAGUCUCUGUUUGGGGCAUCCCUCACAGGAGUGGCCUUCUCUCUGUUUGCGGGGCAGCCCCUCACUAUACUGGGCAGUACGGGGCCUGUCCUAGUUUUCGAGAAGAUCCUCUUCAAGUUUUGCAAGGACUACGGCCUGUCCUACCUGUCUCUGAGGACCAGCAUCGGCCUGUGGACGGCCUUCCUCUGCCUGGUCCUGGUGGCCACAGACGCUAGCUCCCUGGUCUGUUACAUCACCCGCUUCACAGAGGAGGCCUUCGCCGCGCUCAUCUGCAUCAUCUUCAUCUACGAGGCCCUGGAGAAGCUCUUCCACCUGGGGGAACACUACCCCGUCAACAUGCACAACGAGCUGGACAACCUCACCCUCUACUCGUGUCAUUGUUCUCCACCGGCCAACGCCUCCACUGAGAUCUUGCAGACGUGGAACCAGACAGGACACACACCAGACACUAUCUCCUGGAACAGUCUCAACGUAUCGAUGUGUAACCUGCUCCAUGGAGAGUUUGCUGGUUCUGCCUGUGGUCACCACGGCCCCUAUAUCCCAGAUGUCCUCUUCUGGUCCAUCAUCCUCUUCUUCACCACCUUCUUCCUCUCCUCCUUCCUCAAGGAGAUCAAGACCGAGCGAUACUUCCCUACAAAGGUGCGCUCCACCAUCAGUGACUUUGCCGUGUUUCUGACCAUUAUGAUCAUGGUGCUGGUGGACUAUCUGAUGGGCAUCCCCUCUCCUAAACUCAACGUACCCGACCGCUUUGAGCCUACCUCCAAGCAUCGCGGCUGGCUGAUCUCCCCGCUGGGCACCAACCCCUGGUGGACCCUGCUGGUGUCGGCGCUGCCCGCUCUGCUCUGCACCAUCCUCAUCUUCAUGGACCAGCAGAUCACCGCCGUCAUCAUCAACCGCAAGGAGCACAAGCUCAAGAAAGGCUGUGGCUACCAUCUGGACCUGCUGGUGGUGGCGGUAAUGCUGGGGGUUUGCUCCAUCAUGGGCCUGCCCUGGUUCGUAGCCGCCACCGUGCUCUCCAUCUCCCACGUCAACAGCCUCAAGGUGGAGUCGGGCUGCUCGGCGCCAGGAGAACAGCCCAAGUUCCUGGGCAUCAGAGAGCAGAGGGUCACCGGCUUCAUGAUAUUUGUCCUCAUGGGCUGCUCCGUCUUCAUGACCUCCGCACUCAAGUUCAUUCCUAUGCCGGUGCUGUACGGGGUCUUCCUCUACAUGGGAGCCUCUUCACUCAAAGGCAUUCAGUUCUUUGACCGUAUCAAGUUGUUUGGUAUGCCAGCCAAGCACCAGCCUGACCUGAUCUACCUGCGCUACGUUCCCCUGUGGAAGGUCCAUGUUUUCACCCUGGUGCAGCUCACCUGCCUCAUACUGCUCUGGGUCAUCAAGGCCUCCGCAGCCGCUGUCGUUUUCCCCAUGAUGGUGCUGGCCCUCGUCUUCAUUCGGAAGCUUCUCGACUUUUUCUUUACCAAGAGGGAGCUCAGCUAUCUGGACGACUUGAUGCCCGAGAGCAAGAAGAAGAAAGAGGAUGACAAGAAGAAGAAGGAGAGGGAGAAACGGGAGGCCCAGGCUUUAUUGCUCGUAGAACAGGUGGGCGUGAAUGCUGUGAAGGUCCAUUAUGACGCUGGGAACCUGCUCAAGAUCCCAGUCAAAACGUUCUCAGGGAGCUCAUGUGACCUCAGCAAUGUUAAUAUCUCUGAGGAAAUGGCCAAAAGCGGGGCAUGCAAAGCAGUGGCGAUGAGCGCCGACUUCGGCCCGUCUAUGAAGCGUAGCCAAAGCCAGGAGAAGGUCGCCUGUGUUAGAGUCAACAUGGACACUACCGAGGCAGGAGGAGAGAGUUCAGCCUUAGAGACUGCCUUGUGAUCGAGGAGACCUUGUACUAACCCCCCACCGAACCCCACAGAGGGCCACCCUGGUACAGUGAGCAAGCUAGGACUUGAGCAGAGCAAUCAGACUGGUCUCUGGAAAAGAAGCCCCUUUUGUGGGUCUUGAUGGGUCAACAGUUGAGCUCCAGUGGUCCAGUGAGCUAAGGGGGUCUUGAGGACCCCCCAGUGCACAGAGGACUGACUGCCCGGGCAGUGGCGAGCACAUUGCCGGAACAUGAAUGAACCAGACUCACACUGCCUACCGAAACCCCAUGGGUCAAAACCCCAUGUCAACCAAUCAUUUCACACUCACUGCCACAGAUGCCAAAGGAUGGGGCCACCACCGCCACACAUAUGCGGAAUCUUCUUUAAAUUGUUGUGUAUGCAUAAAUAUACUUAAUUGUAUUAUAUAAGGUAUAUUUUCUCAUGUACAUUUUAAGUAAUAUUUUAUUACCAAUUAAGAGAUUCACAUUUGCAUCCUGUUUUUUUUUAGCUAUUCUGGUCUCUGUCUACAUUUUUAAAAUAAUAUAUAUUUCCUUUCCUAAAUGU